UGAUGAAAUGCGGUAAACCAAAGAAAAAAAACAAUGGCUGUCGGAAACAACGGCGUGGUUGAAGAAGACUCUUGCAAAUCCUCAGGAUCAGACUCUAUAAGUAGAAGGACAGUACAAAAUCCAGUCGCUUUAUCUCUCACACACGAAAACCCAGAGUCAGAGUGCGAGCAGAGUAAUCGUAUUUCAUAAACCCAAACCCUGUGAACUGAAGUGAAAGAAAGAAGCGUCGUAGUAAGAAAAAAAGGACUCGAAGCAGAAUUCCUUCAAUUCAUCUUCCGUUAAGAAAUCUUUCCUUUUCUCGAACGCGGAAUACUUUAUCGAGUUUGGACAAAACAAUCCUAUCGUCGGAAACCACAACUCAAUAUGCGAAUUACUGCUGUGCUGGCACUACCUUACGCCAUGUGUUGAUUGCGCUCUUUAGAAACCUGCGUUUCGCAUUGAAAUUUGCGCUUCCUAAGCGAAAAUCUUGGGACCAUGAUCGGACCGAACUUCAUGGACGAGAUAGACUGCGGCAGCUUCUUCGAUCACAUCGAGGACCUGUUGGACUUCCCAGGCGAGGGCGUGGACGUGGAAGCCGGGCUCGGCAGCACGGACUGUAACUCCUUCCCCAGCCUUUGGCCGACACAGUCCGAGUCGUUACCCAAUUCCGCGUCGGUCUUCUCCGCCAACAGUGCGUCGGACCUCUCCGCCGAGCUGUCCGUUCCGUACGAAGACAUUGUUCAGCUUGAAUGGCUUUCAAACUUCGUCGAGGAUUCCUUUGCUGGUGGAAGCCUUACCAUGAAGAAAGAAGACUCCUCCAUCAAGAAGGAAUCAUCCCACCACCCGUUCCAGACUUCAAGCCCUGUUUCUGUCCUUGACAGCAGCAGCUCCUGUUCUGUUGAGAAGAAUGUGCCGCGCAGCCCAGAAACAAUCACCCCUGGCCGCUGUGGGCGGGCUCGCAGCAAGCGUCCUCGCCCUGCAACCUUCAAUCCACGCCCUGCAAUCCAACUUAUUUCCCCCUCCUCCUCUGUUACUGAGACACCUCAGCCAUUCCUUGCACCAAAUAAAGUCUCUUCCGAUUCUGAGAGUUUUGCAGAGUCUAGCCUGUCUAUCAAGAUACCAAAACAAGUCACAGCAGAGCACAAGAAGAAAAAGAAAAUGAAAUUGACAGUGCCACAUGGACCUGUAGAGACCAAUCAGAAUUCACCUUUGCAAGCUGUCAGGAAAUGUAUGCAUUGUGAGAUAACUAAGACUCCACAAUGGAGGGCAGGACCAAUGGGGCCUAAAACACUAUGCAAUGCGUGUGGUGUCCGCUACAAGUCAGGUCGGCUCUACCCUGAAUACCGGCCUGCAGCAAGCCCGACAUUUAUUCCAUCCGUGCACUCCAAUUCCCAUAAGAAGGUGAUUGAAAUGAGAAACAAGUUUGGGGAGAAGGCUGCAAUAACGGCAACACGACCCAACGUGACUGCCUUGCCAGAACUUAUUCCGAAUACAAAUAGCAACCUUGGACUUGAUUACAUGUAGGGAGGAUGGAUGAGAGAACAUGUUCCCCGUAGGAACCUUUUUUCUUCUUCACUUCCUCCCUCUCUCCUCUCUUACGCUGUUUCUCAGUUGUUUCAUUUAUUUUGUUCACUGCUUUAUGUACAGGGAUGGAAAUGGAGGGGCUGAUAGGAGCAAUAGAUGACCAAAAUAUUGUAGCAUGUAGAGGAGGAUUGUCACGAGAUAAGUGAAAAUGGGUAGAGAUAAGAGGAAGUUCUUAAGGGUAGAAUGUAGGUUCAGUGAUGGUUAAUUAGUAGUUCCUUGAGUUAAGUAGUAGCCAUGGGAGUGAGUGAGUGUGUGUGUCUCUCUUUUUAGCAUUCUUUUUCCUUUUUCUUCCUUUCCAUCGGAAUUCUUUUUGCCAGUUCAUUUGUAGUAGCAAAUUCUGAGAUAAGUAAUGGAAUUUGAGAUUUGUUAUGCUUCA